GCAGGAGGACAAGCAAGUAACUGUGUUGAUUUAUUUCACAAAGAACUAAAACAUGGAUCAGCAGGAAUACAAGAUGCUCAGUGACAACCUGUUAACAUACAAAGGAAUGGUCUUUCCAGUGGAUGGCUUGCAUGAUAUUUCAAAAGACUAUAUUGACAGUUUAGAAGAAUUUGAAAUAAGGGAUGAUGAUGUCUUUAUUGUUACCUACCCGAAAUCUGGUACGGUAUGGACCCAACGUAUCAUGACUUUAGUGUAUGAGGAAGAUUUCCCCGAAAACGUGGACACAACCACAUUCAAGCAGGUGCCCUGGUUGGAGUUACUGCAAAAGGGGAAAGAUUACAACUCACGUCCAUCCCCAAGACUUUUUUCUACCCAUUUACACCAGCACAUGGUGCCCAAAGGGCUACAAGGAAAAGGAAAAAUCAUCUACAUCAUGAGAAACCCUAAAGAUGUCAUGGUGUCAUAUUUCCAUUUCUCCAAUAACAUGAAGACGCUGGAUAGCUCUGAGAGCUACGAUGAGAUGCUGGAGAAGUUCUUCUCAGGACGGAUGCUUGGUGGCUGUUGGUUUGACCAAGUCAAAGGAUGGAUCACAAAUAAAGACAAAUACAACAUACUGUUCCUUACUUAUGAAGAGAUGAUCAAGGAUCUCAGGUCUGUCAUACUCAAAAUCUGUGAGUUUGUUGGGAAGAAUCUGUCUGAUGUAGCGAUUGAUAAAGUGGUGGAGACCGCCACUUUCAAUCACAUGAAGAAAGACCCCAUAGCCAACUAUGAAUUCUUUCCUUAUGCUGUCCGUCCAAAAGAACUAUUCUUGCGCAAAGGAACAGUUGGUGACUGGAAGAACACUUUAACAGUGGCUCAGAAUGAACGAUUUGACCAGGUCUACCAAGAAAGAAUGAAGGGUCUUCAUCUUGACUUUAACUGGGAUAUCUCAGAGUUACUUGGUUAAAAACCAUGCAUUGUGGAUAUGUUAUCAAAUAUAAAAAUCUAGUAUAUAGCCAAUUGUGCAUCACUAAACUGAGUUUCUGAGCCUAUAUGCAAUGGCAAGAUGUCUGAAAAGUUUAUAUAAAUAAUUUUUAACACGCUAUGUGGACACCUACUUUUCCGGAACAGUUAUGGGUCCCCUCACCAAAUGUUGCAAUAAAAUUGAAUAUACAGUUUCAUUGUAUGCCAUAGCAUUAAGAUUUGUCACUAGUAUAGCAAAAUCCAUUAAUUAAAAGAGAGUGUCCUGUAAAGGAAAAAUUAAUUUCACAUGUAUUAUUCUCAUAUUUAACCUGUGUUCUAGCUCUUGCUUUUUUUGGUACAUUACUGUGUCUAAGAUUUAGGAGAGAUAGUGUACCAGACAUAGCCAUCUAGCAUAAGUCUCAGCUUAGGCAAACAUUUACAAUUGAUAUGGCAUAGGCCAGAGAAUGAGUUAGUCAUUGAGUCACAUAGUGACAUAGUGUGUUUAUGCAAGUAACCAAUUUGAGUUGUAGUUGAAUGUGGUAAGAUCUUGUUUGUUUGAAAUGGUAUAAACACAGGUGUAUUGGGAUGAUUGUUGGGAGACUUCUUUUGAAUGAGGGACUUCUUACCCAGCCGAAUAAACUUUCUUCUAAUUGU